UUUGGUGGACUCUCUCUUUCCUCCUUUUUAUUUUUAUUUUUAUAAAUUUAUUUAUUGUUAUACAGUCUCAUCUCAGUUGUAAUUCAAUACGAAACUCUCUUUAGUCUUUACAUACCAGACAAACAAUAAAUAGGAAAAAGAAGAAUAAAUUUUGGAUUCCGGCCAUCCCUUUUUCCUUUUUUUUUUUUUUUUCCCCUCUAAGAGUGAAGAGGAAAAUAUCCAAUAUUGGGAUUGGAAUUGGGGUGUUUUUCUCGAGUCGGAGGGGCAUUGAUUUUGAUUGAUGAAAGGAGAGAGAUCUGGUGGUGGUGGUGGGUGCUUGAUGAGUGGCGGUGGUGGUGGAAGGUGUGCUGCUACAAAUUCAAAUUCACAUGUAAAUGGUGUGAAUUACAUUCUACAUACAGUAUCCAAGAUGGAUACUCUUGCUGGUGUGGCCAUCAAGUAUGGUGUUGAGGUGGCUGAUAUCAAGAGGAUGAAUGGUUUGGCCACAGAUCUUCAAAUGUUUGCUUUGAAGUCAUUGCAGAUACCCUUGCCAGGCAGACAUCCUCCGUCCCCGGUGUUGUCCAAUGCUUCUACAUCUUCAGGAGAAAGGAGCACCGAAGAAACACCACUGCAUCUGAGCCACUCCAAUGUCUUGGAAUCACUCCAGUCCUUAGGGUUGAAAACACCCCAAAAGAAAGUUUCUCCAGCCAUGAGUACUUUACAGAACUAUUAUGGUCUCAAAUCUCAAGACAAAAAUCAAAAUGGUGGGGCUGAGGGCAUGGAAAUGACGGUCUACGGAGCAGGGAAACCUCAUGGCUUCGACUUUGGACUUCUGCCCAAAGCAUUACCUAUUUCUGAGCCAUCUUCAAACCAAGACCACAAGUCCCGAAAUUUAGCUAAUGGUUUCUUCGCUGAGAAUGGUACAGUAGCUGCUGAUGUCCCUAUAUCUGAAGCUGGAGAUGGGGAGGGUGAGAGGUCUAAUGAGAAGUCGGUCCGAAGGCGUCAGAAAUCAGAAGCUGAUUCUGGGGCUGGACCAGAAAGGUUGCUGAAAGAAGAAAACAGCGGUGGCAGUAGCGGUUUUUCUGCUAUAACAGGGAAGGGGUUAGCCCUGAGACCGAAAUCUGCAAGCCGGACUGCAUUGUCUGCAGAUGCUGAAUCAAGUUGGUUGAAUGCUAUCCCAGUGGGCUUGGGAGACUCCAUCAUGCCUGAAGGGCUCACCUCGGUCCGCAAAUCAUCAAGCACACCAAGCCUACAAGAGCAUGACCAGAAUAAUAGUUCCUCAUCUGUAUGGCCAACAUCAUGGAACUUGAAACCAGACUUGCAGGCUCUCUCUGCCAGACCAAUCUUUGACGGGUUACCGAAGCCCAUCACUGGCCGCAAGAACAAAGCGGCCCUUGAUUAGCAUAUAUCUCCACUGCACAUUUAUGAAACUGAAUUUUUUUUCUCCACACAAGCGUAUCCAAAUUGUAAAGCUUCAAAAAGACCUGAAGGAAGGCAAAGACAGUUGAAAACAACUUUGUUCGACCAUUGAAUCAUGUUGUGCAAUAGGUGAAAGGCAGAGGACAGCAUUUCAAGUAUGAAGCAGCAGCAGCAAACUUGAGGAGAAGGAACUGCAAUAAACAAAGGUAUAUAAAAUGAAUUAUUUCUCCUUUUUUUUUUUAUUUAUUUAUGGAAUUUUCACAAAGCUGGAUUGUACCCUUUUUUUGGAGUUUUUGUAAUAGUACUCUUCCUGGGCUGGAAGGGAGUUGAAAUCUUGAUUGAUAUUCUUGUCAUUUGUUAUAUAACUCAAGAAUACAAAGUUGGAUUGUGUUGCUUCAUCCUACAAACUGGACUUCAAGUAUAUAUUGGAACUUGAUAGAGAAUGUUACUGUUGA